AUAUCGCGGACCGUACAGCGUUGAGUUGGCCAGUCUGGCCUCUUCCUGUACACGCAGGGGCUGAGGAACGAGACCAACACUCUCAAUCCGCACCGUCUCGUCUCUUGUGUUGCCUUUAGUCCCUCUGAAAUUCCAUUUCCACAGUCAGAAUAGGGAACGCGGCGGUGAAUCAUUUCUCUGCAGGAGUUCCUGAGGCUGGGGAGUCGGAAGGAGCAAUUAUGGAAAACGGAAAUGGAAUAGUUACCGAGCAGGCACCAAUUCCUUCAUUGGAGGAGGUGGAGUCCACAGCGAAAGAGGUGGCCACUCUCCAGAUUCAGAUCCAGCAGCUCUUGAGCCAGCAGAAAGAGGCUGAGAGUGAAAAUCACAAACUGGCUGAGACGCUGACCAAGGAGCAGGAGCAAAACAAGCAGCUGAAGUCCAACGGAGUUUCUGCACCGGCCAGCAACGAGGAAUUGCUGGCCAAGGUGCAAAAAUUGGAGCAAGACAUUCAGCUGCGCGUCGAGGAGCGUGAAAAUUACAAAAACAAAAUGCAAGUUGCUGACAAAAGAAUACUGGAACUUGAAGCCGACUUGGCGGAUGCGAGGAAAGUGAAUGAAGAGAUAGGCGAGCCAAUGAGCGACAAAGAAAGGGCCACAGUCAAACAAACGUUGGAAAACAUAACAGAAACUCUGAAGGCUUCCACGGCGCAGUGUGAAAGCUUCCAAAGGCAAAACACACAACUGCAGGGUCAGGUUAGCGCCCUGAAAGAGGUCAUAUCGGUGCAUAAGGAUUUGCUGAAUAUCAGAGGACUGGAAACAGAACAGCUUAAAACGACAAUUAAGCUCUUGGAGGACCACUCACUAGCAGAAAAAGAGCGCAGGAGUGCAGUCCUAUCAAAAAUGGAAACUGCUGUGAAACUGAACGCCGAACUGAAGAACGAGUACGAAAACCAGCUGAGGAUUUUCCAGGACCUCAAACGCAAAUAUGAACAAAAGGUCGAAAUGAUGAAGAAUGAAAAUGAAAAACUGAGAGCUCUGAUCCCAGCUGAGUCGAUCAUCGCGCUUGAAGUUCCGCCCGAAGAACCCAUUUUGGAGCAGUAAAAAUUCUAAAGUUACAAAACAAGGUGACAAUGAAAUAUCCGCGUAUUUGUGUAAUCUUCUUUCAUAAACUUACAUUUGCUCCUGAAUUUUCAAUAUAACAUAAUAUUCAAUGAUUUUGUGGAAGUACAUUGAAUGCUCUCCAUCUAGAAA